GUUAUCAGUGCUCAGCUGCUGAGGGAGAAUGGUGCACCUCAGUGUGAACGCGCGCGUCUUUUUAAUACCAUCCAAUUCUGGGCUUACAUUCUCGCAACUUUAACCGCCGCGGGUUACUACUCAGUCAACACGUUGCGUGUGGAACCGCAGAGGACACGCGUGGAACUUUGCGCGCGCGCGCGCACCCAAACCCACACAUACUCACACACACACACACACAUACACCACACAAAUGGCUUGGAUUAUCCCCCCGCUGCUGCACGGCUCUGGCUCAGCUCUGAUUCUGCUCGCGCUGAUUCUGACAGGUGAUGCGGCGGCGCAGGUUUUUGACAGCUAUGGAUUAUCUUACGCGCUGAGAUCGGAGCUGACAGAGGACACGAUACUGGUCGCCAAUAACGGGAUCCGCGUGCCUUUCGGGAGAUCGGUCUUUGUUGAUCCCAUCAACGAUCUGGUGAUCCAAGUUCAGCCCGGUGAUCGAUGCAGCAUAACAGUGCUGGACAGUGACCCGCUGUCCCAACGGCCUGGACACCUGUCUCCGAAAAAGUUUCCCUGUGAAUUUGGCCCCAACGAGGUGAAGUACUCUCACUUCGGCUCCAGGAGUCCCCCGAGGGACAGAGUGAGAUUACAGCUCAGGUAUGACACCCCGACGGAUACCAUUAUUAUACCUUUCAUGAUGGAGGUGGAAGUCAUUUUUACGCAGCUGGAAGUACUAACCAAAAAUAUGCCACUCACCGUGGAGAGGCUGCUCGGCACAAGUAAUCCCAUUGAUAGAAGAAUUUUAGAAUUUACCUUUGAUAGAAGAGCACAACAAUGCAAAAUAGCUUCUCUUUCCAGUGGCAGUGUGUUGCCCAGGUAUGGCAAACUCGUGGAUGAGGACAGCCUGGGAACAAUGGUGGACUGUGAUGAGUUUAUUAAAAUGAACAUCCGUUAUGAGCACACUUUUGCUUUGAAGUCACCAAGCCGAGAUUACAUUCCCAUGCUUGUGGAGUUACAUGAUAAGGAAGGCAAUUUGCUCAAGCAGGAGUUUUUCCAAAUUUUGGUCCGGAUUAAAGAGGGAGAGGAGAACACGGCCCCUAAACCCAGCUUUGUGGCAAUGAUGAUGAUGGAGGUCGACCAGUUUGUAAUGACCGCGAUAACCAUGGACAUGCUGGCCGCAGAGGAUGUGGAGUCUAAAACUGAUGAAUUAAUUUUCAACAUCACAUCCCCGCUCUCCUUUGAGGAGGGCUACAUAGUGAGCACGGAUGAUAGGAAUUUACCAAUAACCUCGUUUUAUCAGGGGGACCUCAAAGACUUGAAAAUCGCCUACAAACCCCCUGCUGUGGAUUCAGACACUGAGCGGAUUUUCCAGAUUGAGUUUGAGGUUGUGGACACAGAGGGGGCUGUGUCCGACCCAUUUGCUUUCAUGAUUGUUGUUAAGCCAAUGAACACGUUAGCCCCUGUGGUGACGAGAAAUACUGGUCAGUUACUCUAUGAGGGUCAGUCCAGACCUCUGUCUAGCUCGCAGAAUUUGGAAAUCAGCGACGAAGACAAUUUAGAUCGAGUCAAAAUCACUGUCAUUGAUGGGCUGAGGCACGGAGAGUUAACUGUUUUGGGCUCAAGGAGGAAAUUUUUCACCCCAGCUGACCUAGACGCUGGAGUUGUCAUUUAUCAACACGACGGCAGCGACACGUACAGUGAUAAUAUCAUUUUCAGAAUGACAGACGGCACAAAUGAGGUGGAAUUUCUGUUUCCCAUCACUGUUGUGCCGACCGAUGAUGAGGCUCCCAUAAUCAACGCUAACACUGGUUUGAUUUUGUUCAAAAACCAAAUGUUGCCCAUCUCCUCUCUCAUGCUCAGUGCAGCAGACAUCGACUCAGAGGAUUCUACAAUUAAAUUCACAAUAGAGCCUCCCUUUUCUACCAUUGGGCAGGUGCUGCUGCGUCAGUCUGAGGCCCCGGCAGACCCAUCAACAUGGAAGUUUAAUACAGACGAUGAAAUGUACGAGAAAGCGGUGACUGAAUGGCUGCAGGAGGAUAUUACCGACGGCAAAGUGUUUUACAAGCACAUUGGGCCCCACAGCAGCAGCACUGUAAUGGAUCAGUUUGUGUUUAGAGUUCAAGAUGACAAUGACCCACCAAACCAAUCAGGCGAGAGCGCAUUCAUUAUCAAAAUCCUCCCUGUUGACGACCUCCCACCUGAACUCUACCCUGGCACGACUCUGCAGAUGACUGUGCAUGAAUAUCAGCUCACAUACUUCCGAAAGAAAUUCCUACAUUACACUGACUUGGACUCGGAGGACCGGGACCUGAGAUACACAGUCAUCCAGCCACCGACCGACACAGAUGAGAACAACCCUGUUGUUCUGGGAGCUCUGGUGUUAACAGAGAGGCCAGACACGGAGGUCGCAACUUUCACACAGGCACAAAUUAACCACCACAAAAUAGCGUACAAACCACCUGAUCUAGAGCUCGGAAUUACCUCUCAUGUUUUGCAGUUUAAGUACACUGUGGAGGACGUUUCUGGAAACAACAUGGAGGGGGUUUUCACUAUAUUUUUAAAGCCUGUGGAUAACAAGCCGCCUCAAAUAACCAAUUCUGGGUUCACUCUGCUAGAACGUGGUAGACAUAUCAUUACAAGGGCUGAGCUUUACACCUCAGACACAGACACAGACAGCCAACAGAUAGUAUUCACUGUUACGCAGCCGCCACUGCAUGGUCAGAUACAGUUUACAUUUACUGGCAUGACAAAGGGGGAUACUUUCAAACUAGAGGAUAUUAGAAAUGACAGAAUUUCGUACAUCCAUAAUGGGGAUGAAUCAACAACUGAUUCAAUACAAAUUGAUGUCAGCGACGGGAUCCACGUUGUCCCAAUUAUUAUAAAGAUUAAUGUGAAGCCAGUGGAUGAUGAGACUCCAACUAUCAGCCUCCCAGCUGGCACAAUUGGCUCCUAUAUAGAUGUGCUGGAAAACGGAGCAACAGAAAUCACGAGUAAUGUAAUUCAGGGACGAGAUGAGGACACGGACGACCUACGCUUGACCUUCAUUGUUGAGGACCCGCCGUCGUUGGGUGAAAUCCUGGUCAAAGGUGUCCCUUCUGGCACAUUCACUCAAGCUGAUAUUAUUAAUGGCUUUGUGGUCUAUGCUCAUACUAGUGGGGAGGUAGGCUUUACCACAAAAGAGGACUUUUUCAAUCUCACUCUGACAGAUAUGUCUGACGAGUGGACAGUUGGAGGAAAUAAGAUCACAGGUGUGAGAGUGCACGUAACUAUUCUUCCUCUGGACAGCCAGGCUCCAGAGAUCUUUGUGGGGCCGCAGUUCACCGUUGUCGAGGGAGAGAAGAGCGUCAUUCAUAUUCUUCAUAUAAGCGCUGACGACGUCGACACCCCCGAUGAUGACCUCCUUUGUACAAUCAUUGUACAACCGACAUCAGGGUAUGUGGAGAAUAUCUCCCCAGCCCCUGGCUCCGAGAAAUCCAGGUCUGGGACGGCCAUUAGUGCUUUCACUAUCAAGGACAUCAGACAGAAUCACAUUUACUAUGUUCAAAGCAUUCACAAAGGAGUCGAGCCGGUAGAGGACAGGUUUACAUUCAGAUGCUCUGAUGGCAUCAAUUUCUCUGAGAGGCACUUUUUCCCCAUCUCCAUAAUCCCCUCUAAUGAUGAAAAGCCAGAGAUUUACAUGAGAGAGUUUGUAGUUAUGGAGGGCAUGAACAUAGUCAUUGAUACUCCCAUUCUGAACGGUGCUGAUGCGGAUCUCCCCACCGAUCAGCUCACAUUCGUUAUCAGCAAACCCCCCAAGCAUGGAUUUAUUCUCAAUCAGCUCACCACUGGCACCGUUCCUGUCUUUAACUUCACCUUGGAUCAAAUCAGGGAGGCCUCCAGCAUAGUGUAUGAGCACGAUGACUCAGAAACCACAGAGGACAGCUUUGAUGUUGUUCUCACAGAUGGAAAAUUCAGCGUGGAGAAAACAGUAAUUGUUAUGAUUAUCCCCGUGGAUGACGAAACCCCAAGGAUGGCAAUCAAUGACGGACUUGAAAUUGAAAUAGGGGAUGUGAAAAUCGUAGACAGCAAUAUUUUAAAAGCUACUGAUUUGGACUCUGAUGACAGCACGUUAACUUACAUUAUUCGCUACGGGCCAGGUCAGGGUUAUUUGCAAAAAACGACACGCUCCGGGACGUUGCAAAAUAUCACAGCUGGAACGAACUUCACGCAGAAUGAUUUGGAUCAAGGUCUGAUUGUGUACAUCCAUAACGGACAAGAGGGGAUCCGAGACCUCAUCAAAUUUGAUGUGACAGAUGGCAUCAACCCAUUGAUUGACAGAUACUUUUAUGUGACAGUGGGUGGCAUUGACAUGGUUUUCCCGGACGUGGUCAGUAAAGGUGUGUCCCUUAAAGAAGGUGGCAGGGUCACUCUGACCACAGACCUGCUCAGCACCAGCGAUCUCAACAGCCCAGACGAACAUUUGGUUUUCACAAUCACCCGAGCUCCAACGAGAGGCCACUUGGAGUGCACCGACGCACCUGGGACACCCAUCUCAUCCUUCACACAGCUCCAGCUGGCUGGCAAUAAAGUCUACUACAUUCACACGUCUGACGAUGAAAUGAAAAUGGACAGCUUUGAGUUUGAAGUAACCGAUGGGUACAACCCAGUGUUCCGCACUUUCCGCAUUUCCAUCACCGACGUGGACAACAAAAAGCCUGUGGUAACGGUGCAUGGCCUGGCGGUGACAGAAGGGGAGAACAAGCUUAUCACGCCUUUUGAGCUCACAGUGGAGGACAGAGACACCGUUGACCGCCUCUUAAAGUUCACAGUCACUCAAAUCCCAGUUCAUGGCCGCCUGCUCUUCAACAACACCAGGCCUGUCUCCUCCUUCACAAAGCAGGACCUGAAUGAGAACAUGAUCAGCUACAAACACGAUGGCACAGAGAGUGCAGAGGACAGCUUCUCCUUCACUGUCACCGAUGGCACUCACACUGACUUCUUUGUCUUCCCUGACACAGUAUUUGAGACAAGAAAGCCCCAGAUAAUGAAGAUUUCAGUCCUCCCAGUGGAUAACGGGGUGCCACAGAUUGUCGUGAACAAGGGCGCACCAACUCUGCGGGUCCUGGAGACGGGUCACCUGGGGUUCGUUAUCACCAGUAAGACCCUUAAAGCAGAGGACAGAGACAGCAUUCAGAACGCCGUCACCUUUAGGAUUACUGUUGCCCCGGAGCACGGCUACGUGAUCAACCUCAGCAAAGGAAAUGCCACAGUCACCACUUUCACUCAAGCUGAAAUUGAUGACAUGAGCAUCUGCUACAUUCUGAGGGAUGGUGACAAUGCUACAAGUGACAUCUUCUCUUUUUCCAUUGUGGACAAAGGAGGAAACGCGCUCAAGAACCAGCAAUACCGGCUGAACUGGGCAUGGAUAUCUUUGGAGAAGGAAAGCUACGUGGUGGAUGAAGGGGUGAAGUUCCUGGAGGUGGCGCUGAAGCGUCGGGGCUACCUGGGGGAAACGUCAUUCGUCAGUAUCGGCACAAAGGAUGGAACUGCAGAAAGGGACAAAGAUUUCCGGGGGAAAUCUCAAAGGCAGGUGCAGUUCAACCCCGGUCAGACCACGGCCACUUGGAAGGUUCGAAUUCUGUCUGAUAGCGAAUACGAAGUCUCGGAGACCUUUCAGAUUGUUCUGUCUGAGCCCGUGAUGGCGGCACUUGAAUAUCCUGAGGUCGCUACUGUGGAGAUCCUGGACCCUGAUGAUGAGUCAACAGUGUUCAUACCCUCGGCCGUGUACAAUAUCGAGGAGGACAUUGGCGAGCUGCUGAUCCCUGUGCGCAGGAGUGGAGAUGUCAGUCAGGAGCUCAUGGUCAUCUGCUACACACAGCAAGUCACGGCCACAGGCACCAUCCCCGCCACGGUGCUCUCGUACUCUGAUUACAUCUCCCGGCCCGAGGACCAUCACAGCAUCCUGCGCUUCGACAAAGGAGAGGCGGAGAAACUCUGCCGGGUCGUCGUCAUUGAUGACUCCCUGUAUGAAGAUGAGGAAAGCUUCAACGUCUCCCUCAGUAUGCCCAUGGGGGGACGUCUCGGCUCCGAGUUUCCCACUGCCAAAAUUACAAUCGUGCCUGACCUAGAUGACGCUCCCGUCUUCUACUUUGGGAACACGGACUACCAUGUUGAUGAGAGUGACGGCUUUGUGGAGGUGCAGGUGUGGCGGACGGGGACAGACCUUUCCAAAGCGGGAACCGUCACCGUGCGCUCCAGAAAGACAGAGCCUGUCUCGGCUGAGGCUGGUGUAGAUUAUGUGGGGAUCAGCCGGAACCUGGACUUUGCACCGGGGGUUACCAUGCAGACUUUCCGUGUGACCAUCCUGGAUGACCUGGGCCAGCCGGUGCUGGAGGGACCAGAGAAGUUUGAACUGGUCCUACGGAUGCCCAUGAAUGGGAUCCUCGGGGAGCCGAGCAAGGCCACCAUCCUCAUCAACGACUCUGUCUCGGACUUGCCAAAGGUGCAGUUCCGCAAUGCCGUGUAUGUGGGCAACGAGGACUCGGGGAAGGUUUCAGCCGUGGUGUAUCGCAGUGGUGACAUCAGCUACAGGUCCACAGUACGCUGCUACAGCAGACAGGGCACUGCCCAGGUCAUGAUGGACUUCAAUGAGAGGCCCAACACGGAUGAUUCCAUUAUCACCUUCCUACCAGGGGAGAUUGAAAAGGAGUGUGUACUGUUACUCGUGGAUGACACGGAGCACGAGGAAGAGGAGGAACUUCGUCUUGUGUUGGGAAGCCCUAAGAGUGAAUCUCCAUUUGGAGCGUCUGUCGGAAAACAGAACGAGACGCUCGUCAAGAUAAAAGACGAAGCAGACAAGGCUAUUAUCAGAUUUGGAGGGACGAAAUUCAGUGUGAACGAGCCAAAGGAAAGUGGACAAGUGUCUGUCGUGAAGAUCCCAGUGCUGCGUGUCGGAGACACGUCCAAGGUGUCUGUGGUCCGAGUUCACACAAAGGACGGAUCUGCUACUUCCGGGGAAGAUUACCAUCCCAUAUCUGAGGAAAUUGUGUUCAGAAAGGGCGACACUGAGCACUAUGUGGAGGUGGAGGUUUUGUACGAUGGCGUCAGAGAAAUGAGGGAAGCGUUCACUGUUCACCUGAAGCCUGAUGAGAACAUGGUGGCGGAAACAAAGAUGAGCAAAGCCAUUAUAUAUAUCGAGGAGACCAACAGCAUGGCGGACGUCACCUUCCCCUCGGUGCCUCGGGUGGUUUCUCUGCUGCAUUAUGAUGACAUCGGCAGGACCAGAGACUCCGUCCUUGUGGCUGGAUAUCCUGUCAUUUGUGUCACUGCUUGUAACCCCAAGUACCCAGACUACGACAAAACAGGCUCCAUCUGUGUGAGCGAGAACAUUAACAACACCCUGACCCAUUAUCGCUGGCUCGUCAGUGCCCCCACCAGCCCCGACCGUGUCACCAGCCCUAUGAAGGAAAUCGACUUCAACACCUUCUUCACUUCCUCCAAACUCAUCACUUUGGACUCGGUCUACUUCCAGGCCGGUUCCAGGGUCCAGUGCGCUGCAAGAGCCGUGAAUUCUAAUGGCGAUGAAGGUCUUGAGCUCCUCAGCCACAUAGUGUCCAUCAGCGUGGACGAGGGAAUGUGCCAGCCUCGUGUUUCAGGCACAGUGGGGGCUGAGCCCUUCUCUGCCAAGCUGCGGUACACUGGAGGAGAAGACACAGGCCACCCCAACCUCAUCAAAGUGACUGUCACCAUGCCACACAUCGAUGGUAUGCUCCCUGUGGUGUCCACACGGCCCCUGUCUAACUUUGAGCUUACACUGAGCCCUGAUGGUACCCGCGUGGGUCACCACCGCUGCUCUAAUCUGCUGGACCACACAGAAGUCAACACUCGCUAUGGCUUCCUCACGGAUGCCACCAAAAAUCCGGAGGUAAUUGGUGAAACUGCUCCGUACCAGUACAGCACUGCCCUCAGGGGAUCCAGCACACUACAAUUCUACAGAAACCUCAACCUGGAGGCUUGUUUGUGGGAAUUCAGCAGCUACUACGACAUGUCUGAGCUGCUCAGCGACUGCGGAGGCACCAUUGGGACUGACGGACAGGUGCUGAAUCUGGUCCAGUCCUAUGUCACACUACGGGUCCCUCUCCAUGUGUCCUACGUGUUCCACUCCCCCGUGGGAGCAGGAGGAUGGCAGCACUUUGACUUGCAGUCUGAGCUGAGGCUCACAUUCGUGUACGACACUGCCAUCUUAUGGAGGGAUGGUAUCGGUAGCCCACCGGAGGCUGAGCUACAAGGCGCCCUUUACCCAACCAGCAUGCGCAUAAACGGUCAGGGACGACUGGUGGUCAACUUCCGCACCGAGGCUCGAUUCAGAGGCCUUUUUGUGUUUGCACAUCCAGCCUCUCCGCUCACCUCCAUGGUCAUGUGUCCGGACCACCCCGGUUUGACCUUUAACGUCAGCCUCGUGAGGAGUGAGCCCACGUACAACCAGCCGAUCCAGCAGUGGACUUUCGUGUCUGAUUUUGCCGUGCGCGACUACUCUGGCACAUACACAGUAAAGCUGAUCCCGUGUACGUCCCCUCCCAGCCUGGAGUACACCAUCCCGCCUGUGUGCAAUCCGAGAGAGCCGCUAACCUUUGACCUGGAUAUACGCUUUCAGCAGGUCAGCGACCCCGUGGCUGCCGAGUUUAGUCUGAACACGCAGAUGAUCUUACUCUCCAAACACACACUCUGGCUCUCAGACGGCUCCAUGGGCUUCGGGCAGGAGAGCGACACUGCCUUCUCACCGGGUGAUAUGAUUUACGGCCGUGUGAUGGUGGAUCCGGUGCAGAACCUGGGCGACUCCUUUAUCUGUAACAUAGAGAAAGUGUUCCUGUGCACCGGCGCUGACGGAUACGUCCCCAAGUACAACCCCAGCAACUUUGAGUUUGGCUGUUUGGCCGAUGCUCCGUCACUACUGUACAGAUUCAAGAUCAUUGACAAAGCCCAACCAGACACCCAGGCCCGGUCUUUUGGCAGUGUGGCGUUUAAUGCACGCCUGGCUGUGGACGACCCCGGUGCUUUAGCUCUGGUGAGACAACCGGGCGCUGACGGUUUCAGCAUGGAUUCCUCAGCUCUCUUCCAGGUGUCUACAGGGAGAGAAUGGUACAUUCACACCAUCUACACUGUCCGAUCACGGGACAACGCCAACCGCGGCAUAGGGAAGAGGAGCCUGGAGUACCACGCGCUGAGCCAGCCCACAAACCACCUUCCAAAGACUCACCGUCGCACCCAGAGAUCAAGCAGCGCCGUGCCGGAGCUCAUCGAGGAGAUCGGCGUGAAUAACAACCGUGGCACAAACAUCCUGCACAUCGCGCUGGACCGCAGCAGCCAGCGGCGGACGAGCCCGGAGAGGGAAAUCGUCACUAAAGGACUCGUCCCGCACGAGGUCAACCAGAGAGACGACGGCGACGACAGGCUGGUGCUGAUGAUCGGCGUCUUCGUCAGUCUGCUCCUCACGGUUCUCAUCGGCAUCGUGGUGGCGCUGUUGGUCCGGUCCAAGCGCGGCAAGAAGGACGUGCCCAAGACGUCCAGCAGCGCGGAGCCCAUGAUGACACACGGCCUCAGUAACAGUGACAGCUCUGAGGUUUAACACACCGGACUGAAGACUGAAGAGUGUUUCACUUAAUAUUCUUUCUUCUUCUUUUUUUUCCUUUUUUUUUUGCAAGUGCCUCACGUUCUGUCAAAAAAUGGAAGAUUGUGUGUGUGUGUGUGUGUGUGUGCGUGUGUUGGUGUGCGUGAAGCAACACAGAUUACAAGAGCUUUUGCUUCUUUUCAGAAAAUCUACUUGAACUACGGGAUGACUCUCGCGGCCGGGCACUGGUCUGGAAACUAACACAUUGUGUUAGUAGCUGUUUCAAGGCACUUGUCAAGUCGUCAUCACCCACUUAUUGAUUUUGCUUUUCGAUGCCACUUGAUCCAAAAAAAACAAAAAAAAUACAUGUGUUGUGUUUCCAAAGGUGCUACAGGAGACGCCUGUGAACUUGAACCCAAUAGGUCAAGAGAAGUCGGAUGUUUCGGAUGCUGUAGUUAUCGACAGCAGGCUUGUACGUUUUUUUUUGAUUUGCUGCAUUCAAACACUGUUGCUACGUCACGUACACUGGCGCCAAACCUGUCUUUUCUUCGUCCUUAAAUUCAGUGUGUGCCUAAGAACUCACGGGACGUCUGUUGUUUUCUGUUUGUCCUGUGUGAUCAGCCUGACAUCAGACUCCAAUGAUUUUUCUCUUUUUUUUUUAUUUUUAUUUUCCUCCACUUGCUUAAAUAUGUCUUUGUUCAUGUUUUGUGCAUGCAUUUACUUUUUGUAUUUUUGAGAUUGUUUUAAAUUGUAAGAAAAGAAAAAAAACGGUUGUGAAAAGUGAGUCUGACCUGCUGUGUUUCCACCAAUACGUACGUCCCAUUUCAAAUCAGAAUCCAUCCGUUUAAGUCCCCCCUGAUAUUCAGUUUUUGAAACCUUAAAACUACCACUAAAUCAAAUAAAAAAACGACCAUAUUAUGGUAUCAAUGUGACUGUUGAGACAGCUGGUCUGCAAUGAAAUGGUGAUUCCAGAUCAUGUUAUUUCAAUAAGAAUUACUUUCACUCUUGAGAGGGAAUACAGUAGUUUAUAUGGAAACACAUUCUUAAUUAAUUUCACUAAAAGGGAAUUAAAUUUUCAGCCUCAAUCACUGUCUUUCUCCCUGGUUUAUUAGUAUUUUAUUUAUUUUUCUAUUCUCUUGUUAUUUUAAACAAAUAUCUAAACACAAAUACUUCUUCAAUUCUGAUUUGAACCAGUCGCUGUCAAACCUCGUUUGUUACUUUGACGUUGGUCACAGUAAAACACCGUACAGACUUUGUAUGUGUCAGUGUUUGCUGCUUUUGUUUGUUUGUUUGUUUUUCAGAUCCAGGCACCGGAUUGCCAUAAAAUCUGAUUACCUCACACUAUCGCAUAAGAGACAUGUCACUACGUUUUGUUUAAUGUUGCGUUUAUUUGCAAUUUUAUUUUCAAAUCGAAACCAAUUCUAUGCAACCUGUGAUAUCACACCUUCAUGAAACGUUUACCCCGAUAUGAUUUUUAUUUUUUUUUUAUUUCAGUGCACAAUUAUGCUUGCUGAUUUAGGUUCAACACUGUAUCAAUGUACUGUGGUUCUUUUUCCCUCCCACUCUGAUGCUUUGAGUGCAUUUUGAGCUUUUUAUGCACAUGUGUAUAUAUAUUUACUUAUGUAUUACCUAUAAAUAUACCAUUUGGAUGUUUUGGGAAUGGUUAUUGUUAAAGAAUACAUGCUGUAUGUGCUGUAAGUAUUUGUAACAUAGACCAGAAGCACAACAUGGUCUGCAAAUAAAUAAUUUUUUCAAGAAAA